AUGGUGGACGUGGAGGGUGUAGAAUUGGAUGGAUCAUCGCCUAACUGUGUCCCGGUGACAUUGUUUCCAAGUAAAGGGACUGAGUCGGCAAAUGUUAACCCAUCAACCAGGUUUCUGGUAGUGAUGGGAAUCUUUGGCAUUGAAACAUUGAGUCUUGGGAGCUUUGGAAGAUGGAUUGCGGCAUUUACUCUCAUUGGAGUCAUGCAGGAGAAAGAAGAAGAAAAUAGAGUUGAGGUUUGA